AUGGCUCGCCUUGCCCCUCGGGAGGCAACUUAUGCCUUUUUACUUUCUUCCUCCAAAAUUAAUGGCAUAUAUCACGUCGGCAUCGACCUAGGUCGGCUAGGCUUUACCCAGCCAAGGCAGGAAGGAUACAAGGCGCACAUUAAAGCGUUUUGGACUGAGAGCCAGAGUGUUAUUCAAGUUGUGUUAUUCAACAAUGGGGUUUUCGUGGUGGGGAGGGCUAAGAAGUGUGUGCACAGUGAGGAGGCAAUGGGCGUGGAAGCUAUAGCCUUGCAAAAAUCUGUGAGGUUUGCUCGACUUCAAGGAAUACAGUCUAUUAUUUUGGAAGGGGAUUCUAUUCAAUUUUUGAAAUCUAUUCAGGCUAUAGAUAUUGAGGAACAUGCGGAAUCCAGGGCCGUAGAUCUGGAUAGUGUGAGGCUUGGACUCAAAAGUUUGAAUUAUUACCAGAUGACUAUGGUCGGAGAAAUGGUAAAAGAUUUACUUUCUUCCUCCAAAAUUAAUGGCAUAUAUCACGUCGGCAUCGACCUAGGUCGGCUAGGCUUUACCCAGCCAAGGCAGGAAGGAUACAAGGCGCACAUUAAAGCGUUUUGGACUGAGAGCCAGAGUGUUAUUCAAGUUGUGUUAUUCAACAAUGGGGUUUUCGUGGUGGGGAGGGCUAAGAAGUGUGUGCACAGUGAGGAGGCAAUGGGCGUGGAAGCUAUAGCCUUGCAAAAAUCUGUGAGGUUUGCUCGACUUCAAGGAAUACAGUCUAUUAUUUUGGAAGGGGAUUCUAUUCAAUUUUUGAAAUCUAUUCAGGCUAUAGAUAUUGAGGAACAUGCGGAAUCCAGGGCCGUAGAUCUGGAUAGUGUGAGGCUUGGACUCAAAAGUUUGAAUUAUUACGAGAUGACUAUGGUCGGAGAAAUGGUAAAAGAGUGGCGUUAA